AUGAUUUCUUCCCUUGUCCUACAUGCUCCCCGCGAUCUUCGACUCAGUCGUCGACCACUUCCCCCUCCUCCCCCUCAUCACGUACAGAUUGCCAUCCUGUCUACUGGUCUGUGCGGUUCCGACCUCCACUAUUACCUCCAUGCUCGUAACGGAGCCUUCGCCCUUCAGGCGCCGCUAGUCCUAGGCCACGAAUCUGCAGGCGUAAUAACCGCUGUUGGUCCUCUCGUCACAGAUUUCCGCCCUGGGCAGUACGUCGCCAUUGAGGCGGGUAUUCCUUGCGAAUCUUGCGAGUGGUGUAAGACCAAUAGGUAUAACCUGUGUGAGGGGAUGCGCUUCCGUAGCAGCGCGAAGACGUUCCCACAUCUGGAUGGCACAAUGCAGACGAAAAUCAACCACCCCGCGAAACGAGUGCAUGCGCUACCUCCAGGUGUUUCCUGUGAACAGGGAGCAUUGGCGGAGCCAUUAUCCGUACUAUUACACGCUUCAAGACGAGGAGGGCUUACCCAGCACACCCGAAGAGUGUUGAUCUUCGGUGCCGGAGCAAUCGGUAUGCUCGCUGCUGGUUUGGCGCGCUCUAGAGGCGUUCCAAGCGAAGCCAUUGCCAUGGUUGACAUUAACCGUGAACGACUGGCAUUUGCCAAAAACCAUGGUCUUGUUGGAAAGGUAUUCUGUCUACCUCCGCCGACGCCUAUGAAGGGAUUAGACGGACUUGAGCGGAGUAGAUCGCAGGCACUGGUGUUCGGAGGCGGAUACGACAUCGUAUAUGAAUGCACGGGCGCUGAACCAUGCAUCCAAAUGGCUGUUUUUAGCACGAAAACCGGGGGCAAGGUCCUUCUCAUCGGAAUGGGAACACCUAAUGCCUUCAUCCCCAUCAGCAACGCAGCGACUCGAGAGGUAGAUAUAAUUGGGAGUUUCCGAUACGCAAACACGUAUAGGGAGGCCCUCCAACUACUUGCUAGCAACACGCUACCGCCGAUAACGGACCUCAUCACCCAUCGUGUACCGUUCAACGCCGACGCCGUAAAGGGAGCGUUUGAAGCCAUGGCCAAGGGGAGGGACGAAAAGGGCAAAUUGGUCAUCAAAGUUCUUGUUGGUGGCGAUUAA